CCCUCGGGUAAAGCGGCGCUGCGUGCCGCAAGCCAUGGAGAAGCGCUCCAAGAUGCCGAAGCUCGCUGCCGCCGCCCCGGAGGGAGGAAAGCGGCGCCAGGGCUUGUUGGAUAAAGAUAGCACGAAAGGAAAAAAGACACAAUCGAAUUAUGAAGCUUUAGGUAUGGCUCCAAUGGAAGAAGAGUAUUUUAGUGAUUCAAUGAAAGCUAAGCUAUUGGCAUUCAAAGCUAAUAGGGCAAAGAUAAGAUAUGCUAAUACAUACAGACUGGAGUCACAUAAUAGAUUUCGGGAUUAUUUAGUAAGAGACAAAGCUCAAGCGAUACUAACGAAUAAACUUCAACAAGCCAAAUACGAUGGAGUUUCUAGUCCCUCCUUGUGUGCUUCAAUCUCAGAAGAAAUAUUAAAGGCUGUGAAGGAAUUGGACUUUGACCGUUACAAGUACGUGGUAUCAGUACUAAUUGUGGAAAAGGCAGGUCAGGCAAUAAAUGUUGCCAGCAGAUGGGUCUGGGAUGUUCAAAGAGACACUUGGGUUUCAGCUAAAUGUGAAACUGAAACAUUUAUUGCACUGGCUUUGGUAAUGGCUUGUUAUUACGAGUAAUAGUCUAAAAGCCACACCUGGUUUUGUGCAUUACAGUACCUGGUAUAUUUGAAAAUUUUCAGAAUGUCAUUAUUUUAGUACUAAUUUUUGUCGUAAUGCUGUUGGCACAUUGAAAUUGACAUAUAGAUGAGAUAAUUUUGCUCAUUCUUCUCUUAAAAAAAAAAAACAAACCCAAGAAAAUGCUUUUGAAAUGUGUAUGGUUGAGUACAUAUGGGCUUCAUCUGUCGGAACACUCUGCUGUGGCAGUUGAAGCAGCUGGUGUAAGGCCAAACUUUGCAAAAUUUUGUGUGUUGCUUGUCUGUUGCAUGCCUAGGGUUGUUAACACAUGUUUACAAUAAAUUGCAGGUAUUGGUAUUCUUAAAAGCACGCUCUUUGUAAGAAGAGGGAGUGUUCAGUGUUUUCCAGUUGUAUCUUUGAUAAAAUGCUGGUUUGUGUAGAAAUAUCACUGGGAGGGAAGCCGUGUUUUGCACACUUGGAAAUUUGCGCAAAUUUCCAAUCGUUUGCCUUGAAUGAAGUGUGAGUUCAGUCGUCAGCUUCCCUGGGCCUUUAACUCGCAUUAAAUGUCAGCUGCGUUCAGGCUGGUGGCCACGUACUGAAUUGGGCGAGUUUGAUCAUUUCAUUCGAGCGGCUUCUGACGGCAGCGGCAGGAGGACGAUGGGGUCAGCAACGAGGCUAUUGAUAACUGGCCCGUAAUUGGCAAGGACACCAAUGAUUACAUUGCGAAAAAUGGGACUCUGGCAGAUGUGUGAAGUGCGUAGGCAUCUGCUUUUGGAACUGCCGUGCGCGGACGUCGAGCGCCGAUGCCUUUUCCGUGCCCGCUGUAUUGUUA